CAAAAGAGAAAAGCUCUCUCUCUCUCUCUCUCUGUGUCUCUCUCCAAUGUGCAACACUAACACCAUAACCACCAGCGCCGCCAUGAACGGCGGCGUUGCCACCUCCACCACCGCCGGCGAGAAAAGCUCCCACCUUUACCUAACCAUCCUCCCAAUAACAAAACCAAAACAACAAGGAUCAGAGAAAGCAAGCAAGCUAAUCCAUGAAGCCUCAAAGCUCUUCAACCUCUCAUCACCCAUCGCCAUCACCGCUCUUCUCCUCUACUCUCGUUCCAUAGUAUCCAUGCUUUUCCUCGGCACUCUCGGCGACCUCCAGCUCGCCGGCGGUUCACUCGCCGUCGCCUUCGGUAACAUCACUGGCUACUCUCUCCUCUCCGGUCUCUCUCUCGGCAUGGAACCUCUCUGUUCUCAAGCCUUCGGUGCCAACCAACCCAAACUCUUAUCUUUAACUCUCCACCGUUCCAUUCUCUUCCUCCUUUGUUCAUCCAUCCCCAUCUCUCUUCUCUGGCUCACCAUGUCCAAGAUCCUUCUUUUCUUAGGCCAAGACCCAGGAAUCACAUCCUUAGCUCAAAGCUACCUCCUUUUCUCACUCCCAGACCUCAUCUCCUUCUCCUUCAUCCACCCUAUCCGUAUAUACCUCCGUUCACAAGGCAUAACAAAGCCACUCACCCUCGCCGCCGCGUUCUCCGCCGCACUCCACCUCCCAGCCAAUCUCAUUCUAGUAACCCACUUCCGUUUAGGACUCACCGGAGUCGCCACCGCCGCUGCUGCCUCAAACCUCUCUCUUCUCCUUUCUCUCCUCCUCUACAUCCACCUCUCCGGCGUCACCGCGUGGCAAGGUCCCACCAGAGAGUGUCUCACUGGGUGGGGUCCUUUAGCUCGGCUUUCCAUCCCCAGCGCCGUCUCCGUUUGUCUGGAAUGGUGGUGGUACGAGCUCAUGAUCCUUCUCUGCGGCGUUUUGCCGGACCCUAAGCCGGCGGUGGCGUCCAUGGGAGUGUUGAUCCAGACCACGUCGUUGGUUUACGUGUUCCCUUCGUCGCUUGGCUUCGGAGUCUCGACGAGGGUUGGGAACGAGCUCGGAGCCAACCGGCCGAAGCGUGCUCGCACGUCGGCGGCCGUGUCCGUGGUGGUGGCAGGAUUGAUGGGAGUUUUGGCGAUGAGCUUUGCCACGUCGAUGAGGAACCAGUGGGCCUGCAUGUUCACCAACGACCCUGAGAUCCAACGGCUGACGGCUGCUGCGCUGCCGAUCGUAGGGCUGUGCGAGCUCGGCAACUGCCCGCAAACUGUGGGCUGUGGGGUCCUGAGAGGAAGCGCGAGACCGGCCCAUGCGGCCCAUGUUAAUCUGGGUGCGUUUUAUUUGGUGGGCUUGCCGGUUGCGGUAGGUUUGGGAUUUGGGUUGGGCUUUGGGUUUACUGGGUUUUGGAUGGGCUUGCUUGCGGCCCAGGUUUGUUGUGCUGGGCUUAUGCUUUAUGUGGUUUGGAGUACGGAUUGGGAGGCCCAGGCACAACGAGCUCAGGUGCUCACGUGCGCUGAGGCAAGUGGGCCCGAAGGAGGUUUUAAGGAUGGGGUUUGUUAUGAGCCGUUGAUCUCGGUUAAGAUUGAUGACGAGGGGUUUGAACGGUAGAGAUGAGGCUUUUGGCUAACCCUUUUUAUUUCAUUUUGAUUUCCUCCUUUUUCUUCUUCUUUUUUUUUUUUAGAAUAUUGAGUUUAUUGUAAUAUUGAUUUUUGGGUGGGGUUCAGACUUCAGAGAGGGUGA